AUGGAUACGGCAAAUACUGUCACGAGUUUAAAGUUAACCGGAGGAGAAAAUUGGGCCGUAUGGAAGUUCCAGACUGAGGUCGUGUUAAAAGGAAGGGGACUUCACGAUAUUGUGGCAGGGCAGAGUCUAGAACCUGAGGCAGCAGGGGAGAAGGCAGAGUGGCUGAAAAGGGAUGCGAAGGCACAGGAGAUCUUGGUUACGAGAAUUGAGCAAGGGCCGCUUACACAUUUACUGUCAUGUACCAGUUCGAGGGAGAUGUGGUCAAAAUUAAAGUCCGUGUACGAUAAGGAGUCGGUACUCGAAGAAAUACGGACAAAACUUAAGCAGGCCGGGGAGCCUAUUUCAGACAAGAUGCUCAUGACCAAGAUAUUGAUGUCGCUGCCAGAACCCUACAAGCAUUUUCGAUCAGCGUGGGAGUCAGUUCCACUAGAGAAGCAGACAACCGAAGAGCUUACAUCAAGGCUCUUAAUUGAAGAGGAAAGAGUAAGCUCAAGCGAAGGUGAAGCAGUAGCCUUGGCGGGAACUAGCAGCAGCAGGAGCAUGGUCAUGGUGAAGUACGUGCAAUAG